AAGUUCCCCUGUCCAUUAGCAAUGUGGGAUUUUGAACACUGUGAUCCUAAGAAAUGUACUGGAAGAAAGUUACAUAGAUUAGGUUAUGUGAAAAAUCUCAGAAGUAAUCAGAGGUUUAAUGGUUUAAUAUUAACACCAGCUGGUAGUAAAUGUCUGUCACCUGAUGAUAGACCAGUUAAAAAAAUAAACAAUGUCUGUAUUACCUGGGAGAAAACUAUUUUUUUUGUUGAGAUAGUAAAAUCAUUAGCUUUACUCUCUUACCUUUUAGGUUAUAAAGAACUUGGUGAGAUAUUAUUGAAGAAAUUUAAAUGGGGACAAGAGUUUUAUAUAUUAAAUCAAGAAUUAUUAGAUAUAUACAGUGACUGUACAAAUAGUGAGGAAGUGGUGAAAGCACAACAAAUAUACUUAGAUAAAAUACAAUCACAAUAUGAAGAGAAA